UCGCUCCCGGCGCGGCCUCAGUGGAGGCUCAGACUACGCGGCCCGGGAGUGAAGCCAAGUUGCUGGGCUCCGCUGGGGGCAGAGUCGAGGUUUGGAGGGGCGGGAGGCGGCCCGAAAAGUGCGGGGCGCCGCCUCGCUGCGACCCAAAGUCCUUGUAGGAACUGCGAUAAGGAGCAGGUUUACAGAUCAUAAGUGCUAGCGCCGGCGAUAAAAGAAACCCAGGCCUUCUGGCCUCAGAGCCUGUGGACUCUAUGACACCGUGAGGAGCCGGCUGUAGGUGUUUCGGCGCAAGACAAGAGGAGAAGUUUUGAAAGAAUUUACAUAAGUACAGCAAAAGGAGUGCUGGAGAUGGCCGCCAUGUCUGGCCGAGACCCAGAGACGCAAUUUAGGUAAGAAUCUGCUGCACAAAGGCUCCGCAGCCUUCCGGAAGUUAAAUGGCGGGAGCCCCAGUCUCACUGCCCAUCGCCCCCCCGGAAACGGAAACAGAAUCCCAGUGUGCCCCUUCCUCACUGCCCUCCAAAUCCCGCUGCAGCCAUUGCCGCAACCACGAUGCCGAAACGAAAGAAGCAGAAUCAGCAGCAGCAGCUGCCGCAACAGCAGCUCGCACUGCCAGAAAGGGAAGACACUGGAGACGAGGAGGACGGGAGCCCCAUCGGACCACCCAGCCUCUUGGGCCCUCCCCCCAUGGCCAAUGGAAAACCUGGUGACCCCAAGUCAGCACAUCACAGAGGUCCUCCAGAAUCAAGGGGACCAAUGAUCCCAGCCCUGCUGAGUCUCCCACCUCCUCCCCGGGGCAGAGGCCCAAUUCGGGGAGGCCUAGGUCCCAGGUCUGGCCCAUAUGGUCGUGGUUGGUGGGGGGUCAAUGCUGAACCUCCUUUUCCUGGACCAGGCCACGGAGGUCCCUCCAGGGGAGGCUUUCACAAAGAGCAGAGAAAUCCUCGAAGACUCAAAAGCUGGUCUCUUAUCAAGAAUACCUGCCCACCCAAGGACGGACCCCAGAUUAUGGAAGACAAAUCUGGCCGUCCUGUCUGCCGACACUUUGCCACAAAAGGCCACUGUCGAUAUGAGGACCUCUGUGCCUUCUACCACCCAGGCGUCAACGGGCCUCCGCUGUGAGACUGCCUUCCUGUCCAGGCUGGAAGGAGCCCUCUUUGACCUGGCGACCAUGUUUCCCUGUGGCCCUGUGAUGGCUACUGUGAGGCUGUUUCACCCACCAUCCUCAGUCAGUGACGCCUACCCCCAUCCACCAUCUCCUUAUUUGGGGUCCAGAGUUGUGUUUCAUAACUGCUGCGCGGUGUACGCUCUUCUGAUCCAGCCUCCAGAGACUUGCCAGGGGGACCCCAUCUUUGCACCCUUCAACUGCCUCCUGGAUCCUCGCCCCCUCACCAAGUGACUGCUGAGCAGGAAACCUCUUUGGUGCUGUUUCUUGCGCAUCUGUUCGCCCGGCCCCAGUAUCACCCUCGAUUCCUGAGAGCCCCGGAGCAGUUGCCUACCAUUCCCUUCUCCGGCUGCUUGUUUUAAGUCCUUUUUACGUGAUACUCCCCACCCCUGAUGUUGUCGGCUGCUUGUGAAACUCACCAGGUUGUCUCCCUGGGUCACGUUUGGAUGCCUGGUGCAGAGUGACUCCCUAAAAGGCCGCUCUGCCCUGCUUUUGGGUUCUGUAGUUUCUGCGUCCGUGGCAUGACCCCCACCGCUAUGGUCUGUGAUCACUGUGCUUUGUGAAACUGUGCGUCCCCUCGUCUUUCUCAGUGUCUGUGGCAUUUUUGUGACUUCCAACACUAGAGUAGUUUUUCUGCCAAAAUGAGUGAGGCUCUUGGUGCCCUCUAGACUUUCCCUACCUCCCAACAUGGGAGAGUUUCAGACUUUCCCAGGACCGCACUUUCCCAGGACCACCCCCCUACCAUACCUCCAGUCUUCCCCAUUCUCCCAGUGUCAAUUUUUCUGGGUCUGACACAAGCCCCUGAGGUGUGCGCUGAGGCCACCCCUUCUGGCCCAUUUUAGUUAGACAGUGUCAUUGUGAGGCCACCAGCCCUUUUGUUGGAAUUCUGUGAAUCUCCACCUGGCUUACUCGGGUGGAACCUGGACAGUACUGUCGCCUUGUCCGGCCUUCUAUCCCCGCGCCCCUGGCACUGGUUGUUUUCUGUGAAAACGGCAGUGAACAGGUUCAGUUUUGAACUGGCCCUGAAAAACGGGUCAGGAGUUGUAUGGGCAGGAGGGAGGGAUGAGAGCUGUUGGAGAACUGAGAAUGAUUUUUUUUUUCUUUUUAACAUUUUUUAUAUUAGUAAUAAAUGCAGUGGAAAUACG